GCCAAUAUCUUAUCAUCCAAAACUCCUCCAAUAGUCGUUCAUCAUGGAAAGGUUCUCUCUUUUCAUUCUUCUGGCAACCCUUUUUUCUGCAACUUAUUGUCAUUCUUCUUCUGUUGAACGACAUGGUGGACUCCCCCUACCAAUACACCUUCUUCGCCCAAAUUCAGGCUUUGGCGGCGAACUUCCUAAAGGUUUAUCUUGCAAUAGUUGGCGUCUUGCUGUAGAAACUAACAAUUUACGCUACUGGAAGACUGUUCCAGCUGAAUGUGAGAACUAUGUUGGUCAUUACAUGUUAGGCCUGCAUUAUCGUCAAGACUCGAAAUACGUUACCUUAGAGGCUGCAAAAUAUGCCAAGAGCAUUAAGCUCACUGGAGACGGUAAAGAUAUUUGGGUAUUUGACAUCGACGAAACUUCAUUAUCCGAUUUACCUUACUACGCCACACAUGGAUUCGGGGCCAAACCAUAUAACUCCACAGCUUUCAACGCAUGGGUUGAUACUGGGAAAGCUCCAGCCUUGCCGGAAACUCUUAAAUUAUACAAGCAUUUAAAAGCGUUGGGGUUCAAAGUUGUAUACAUAACAGGAAGAGAAGAAAACCGUAGAGAUAUUACAAGGAAAAAUCUUCAUGCUGUUGGAUACAAAAACUGGGAGAAACUUCUUCUAAAGCAACCAUCAGAUUCAAAGAAAACAGCAACGAUGUUUAAAUCGGAAAAAAGGGCAAUGCUCGUGAAGCAAGGGUACAGAAUCUGGGGUAACAUUGGAGAUCAAUGGAGUGAUAUUUUGGGAACUGAUAUCGGUGGCAAAACAUUCAAGUUGCCUGAUCCUAUGUACUACAUUAGUUGA